AUGGAGGUCAAUGGCGACCCGCUUGGAAGAAUAGUGUUCAAGCUCUAUGACACCAUCUGUCCCAACACCGCCCGCAACUUCCGCGAGCUCGCUACGGGCCACCAAGGCUUCGGCUAUGCGGGUUCGACAAUUCACCGCAUCAUCCCCGAGUUCAUGAUUCAGGGCGGGGACAUCACGCAGCGAGAUGGCUCCGGCGGCCGCUCGAUAUAUGGGCCCACGUUCCCGGACGAAAACUUCCGGCUGCGGCAUGACAAGCCAGGCCUUCUAUCAAUGGCCAAUCGCGGACCCAGGUCGAACUCGUCGCAGUUCUUCAUCACGACCGCCCCUGCGCCAUGGUGCGACGGCAAAAAUGUCGUAUUUGGCGAGGUCGCUCAAGGCUUCGACAUCGUCCGCACGAUCCAGACGCGGUAUGCAUCGGAUGACAUCCUGCGCAGGCCCGGUGCCUCGGUCGUGAUCGCGCGCUGUGGCGUAUGCUAG